AUGGAUAUAAGCGUGGUCAAACAAACAGGGAGGAAAGCCCUGGUCAUAGGCAUCUCUGCUUUCUUUGUGCCUCUGAUACUCAACAUGGGGUUUGCUUUAGUUCUUCAGCGAACGGUCACGAUGGAACCAAAAUUACACAAGUCCAUAAUCAUCAUAGCUGUGUUUCAAUCCAUGAGCUCCUUCCACGUCAUCGCGUGCCUCUUGGCCGAUUUGAAGCUCCUCAACUCAGAGAUUGGCAGAUUGGCUGUGUCUUCUUCAAUGGUUAUGGGCCUGCAUUUCAUGCUGGGCCCAAUGAUUUUGGGCCUGGCAGUACCAGAAGGCCCACCGUUGGGAUCAGCUUUGGUGGAGAAACUUGACUCAUAUAUCUCCUUGAUUCUAUUGCCAAGCUACUUUGUGUUCGGUGCUGCAAGGAUCAAUUUCUCUUUGAUAAAGAUGAAGACUGUUUGGGUUGUGGAGCUCUUGACUGUGAGUGGCUUUUGUGGUAAGCUCAUAGGAACUGUGGUGCCUUCACUCUAUUGCAAAAUGCCUGCUGUUGAUGCAUGCUCAUUAGGCCUCAUCAUGAGUGCUCAAGGCAUCAUUGACGUUAUAACUUUGCAACAUGGAUUGUUCCUCAAAUUGAUUGAUGAAGAAUCCUUUAGUAUCAUGGCUCUAUCAGCACUUGUCUCAACUGCAAUCAUAACCCCGGUGGUGAAAUUCCUAUACGAUCCAUCCAAGAGAUACAUGUCCACCAUGCGAAGGAGGACAAUUGAACAUGCCUUGCCCAACGCCGAGCUUCGAAUGCUGGCCUGCAUAUACCAAGAAGACAGCACCCCUCCCAUCAUCAACCUUCUUGAGGUCUCAAAUCCAACCCCAAAAACCCCCAUUUUCUUUUAUGUCGUUCACCUCAUCAGACUCUCUGGCAGAACUGCCCCAGUCCUCAUCACACAUAGGCCAGGGAAAAGGAGUGCCAGAACUUUUGAGUCCCAUGACUCGGAUCGUAUAGUGAAUGCCUUCAGAUUAUAUGAGGAACAUAGCUCUGGUGGUCUCAUAAUGAAUGCCUUGACAGCCAUUUCUCCCUAUGCCACAAUGCAUGAUGAUGUUUGCACCUUGGCAUUGGAGAAGAGGACUUCCAUGGUCCUAAUCCCAUUCCACAAGCAAUUCAACGAGCUAAGUGGCGCAGGGGUAUUGGACAAUAAUCCUAUUAGGUCUGUGAAUCAAAAAAUUCUUCGAAAUUCCCCAUGCUCGGUUGGGAUUCUUCUCGAUCGUGGUACCUUGAACACCAACGUUACUAUUUCAUGCAAAAAUUCGUACAAUUUCGGGAUGAUCUUUGUAGAAGGACCUGACGACCGUGAGGCAUUGGCAUAUGCUAUGCGCAUGGCGGAGCACCCUAAUGUCAGCCUCACGGUCAUUAGAUUGGUAGACCAUAAUAUGAAACACAGUGUGCAUAGAGAUCACGAUAUGGUCCUAAUCAGCAAGUGUAAGACAGCAAUUUCUGGGAGAAAACAACAUGUUUAUAAGGAGGAACAUGUUAAAGAUAGUGUGGAUAUGAUCAAUGUGAUCAGAUCAAAUUCAAUGGAAAAAUUGUAUGACCUAAUUUUGGUUGGGGGACGUCACGAUAGCAAUUCACCGUUGUUCAUGGGACUCACAGAAUGGAAUGAGUUUCCCGAACUUGGGUUCAUCGGAGACAUGCUGGCAUCUUCAGAUUCCAAUUGUGAUGUCUCAGUGUUGGUGGUGCAGCAACAAAUGCUUGGAAGUGAUCGACUGAUGGUAUCUGACAGCAGCUUUAAGUCCAAAGGGAAAGAAGGAUCGUUUUCUGUUGUGGAUAUGCCUCGCGAUGAUAGAGUGCACCCAGUUGAUUAUUAG